AUGGCCUGCACCCCUCUCCUGCUGUCCCUCCUCUCUCUCUGCACAGGGCUCUGUGCUCGGCCUGUGCUGACCCAGUCCCCGUCUGCGGCCUCCUCCCUGGGAGGCUCGGCCACGCUCACCUGCACCCUGAGCAGUGAGCAUAGCACGCAUUUCAUUCAGUGGGAUCAGCAGAGCCCUGGGCAGGCCCCUCGGGAUCUGGUGAAGCUGACCAGUGACCGAGAAGUCACCAGAAGGGACGGGAUCCCUGGCCGCUUCUCCGGCUCCGGCUCCGGCUCCAGGGCUGAGCGCUACCUGACCAUCAGCAGCCUCCAGUCUGACGACGAGGCUGAUUACAUCUGCGGUGUCAGCUAUAAUGAUGGUGGCCAGAGUGGGUACCACAGUCACACAGACAAAGGGGAAGUGAGGCACAAACCUCCCUCCCGUGCCCUCUGCCCACGGGCACCAGGGUGA